GGGAGCUCCCUGAGAUGAAUCUGGAAUCGGUGACACCCAUGACCCUCACAGCCCUGGAAGGGGGCAACCUGGAAGCCAAGGCUACCAUGCUCCCCUCACUGAACCUUUCCCUCUCUGGGCCAGUUGAUGAUGGAUAUGGGGCUUGUCCCUGAAUGUCUCUAAAAGGAAGAAUGCAGCUGGCGGGAUGAGGCUCAGGCCCACGCCACAGACACUGCGUGCAAACCAGGCAGCCUCGGUGCCUCUGGCAGGAAAUGUGUUGGGGGCCGGGGGGUUGGGAAGGCAGCCACCAGGAGGAGGGUGCAGAGCUCCUGGCCACCUCGGGAGACCCCGGGAACUGCCGCGUGUGACCUGGAGGGGCCGCUGGUGCCUGGGUCUGAGAUGCAGAGAAGCACCCUCCUCCAUGGGCCUGUGGCAGACUCGGGGCCACCUUUGCAGGGCAUUGCAGCGUGGUCGCUCCAGGGCCGGGGCAGGCACAGGCCAGGGCUGCUUCGCCAAGGGGCUUCUGUUUUCCAGGAUAAGUGGCCGGUGCCAGGAGAUGAAGGUCGUCCUGGAGAAAACUGACGAGCCGGGAAAAUACACGGCCGGACUGUGCUGCUGUCCUUCUGCAGAUGGGGGCAAGCACGUGGCAUACAUCAUCAGGUCGCACGUGAAGGACCACUACAUCUUUUACUGUGAGGGCGAGCUGCACGGGAAGCCAAUCCGAGGGGUGAAGCUCGUGGGCAGAGACCCUGAGAACAACCUGGAAGCCUUGGAGGACUUUGAGAAGGCCGCAGGAGCCCGCGGACUCAGCACGGAGAGCGUCCUUAUCCCGAGGCAGAGCGGUAGGAGGCAUGGCCCUGCAGAGCCCCCCAUGACCCCGAGUGGGGACGUCAGCAGAGCUGUGUUGCACGAGCACGUAACUGUGCUGCAUCUAAUUCUGGCUUUGUCCUUCCUGGGGUGGUGGAGUUGGUGGCUGAUGAGGGGCCCUUGUCUUGACUGCAUUCCUGGGGUCUCCUGACGCCUGUGCUUUGUUUUCCUGCAGAAACCUGCUCUCCAGGGAGCGACUAGGGUGAGUGAACAACUUUAGAGGACAUUUGAGAAAAUCCAGCCCUGAGGCUCAGUGGCGCUUCAAGAGGCCCUGGUGUCUGUCCCACCCACCGCACUGCUACCCGGGUGGGAGAUGCCCCACAUAGGCCAGGCAGGUGGGAGCUCUGCUCCUCAGCUCCCCGCACUCAGGCACCAGCCGGCGCUCUUGCCCUGGGCGUGACUCCUGGGCAGCUGGGAAGCCCACAGCACUAAGCCCGCCUUUGCUGGCU